AUGGCCGACGCCCCCGCCUACCAGGCCCUGGAUGGGGCCGCGCGAGCCGCCUACGCGCGAAAGACGUACGCGCUACUAGGCUUGGCCCCGGAGUGCGGCGCCGCCAAGCUGAAGAAGGCCUACAAGAAGGCUUCCUUACAGUACCACCCCGACAAGCAGUCUGGUAAAAGUGACGACGAGAAAGCGUUAGCUGCGAGCAUGUUUUUGAAAAUAAAAGAGGCCUACGAGUUACUCUCAGAUGAUACUCAUAGAGCUUCAUUAGAUGACGCCGUCGCCGGGACGAUGCGCGCCCAGCGGGCCCACGCCGAGCGGACGGCACGCAUGGACGCGUCGACCAAAAGAUUUCGAGAUGAUCUGGAGAGGAGAGAAAGGGAAGCUUCUUCAUCGAAGCCUCCCAUGGGGAGUGAGGCGGAAGCUCGAUUGCGCAAUCAACAAAAACAGAACGAGUACGGCCUCCGAGACGCGGCGAAGGAGCGGGCGCGCGCGGAGCGGCGGUCCCGCGAGUCGCAGGCGGAGAAAGAUGCUCGUCAGGAGAAGCUGCGACGGACGGUGGAAGUGAAAUUUGGCCGCGAGACGGUUGGCGACGACGUCCUCAAAAGUAGCGGUUGUUUGAGCGUCGAGCGGCCGUCGUCCAAAAAAGCUCUCCUUAUCUUUGACAGUGCGGAGGCUGCUGUUCAGUGCGCGAUCGACGAGGAGUUUGGGGCGCAGUUCAAAGAUGUUAGGUUAAAAACGUCCGACGCGUGGGAGCGGAUUCGCGAAGCGGUCGCCGCGCGGGCGGCGAAGGAUCGCGCGGACGCGCCGGAGCUCUCGUCGGGUCGGGACGGGGCCGAUCGGGAGGCGGAGCGCUCGAGGUUGCUGCGCGAGGCGGCUUCGGUGAAGCGGCCGCGCGGCGACGUUGCGGCGAAGAGAAGGCGUUUAGUCGAGCGCGUCGGGCGAUUGGCGGGCGGGGGCGCCUUCGGGGCGCGGGAGGCGUCGGUGCUGGGGCGGCUUGUGGCUAAGUGUGACGUGUAG